UCGACACUGCGCUGUCUAGUUGUUGAAAACGUUGUUGGUCGGAAAAGUACAUGGAAAAGUACGACAAGGUGCUGUGUUUGGGUCGGGGAGGAGCAGCAGACGUGUUCCUGAUGAGGCAUGUGGAGCGGAAGAGCCUCCACGCUGUGAAGCGGGUGAAAGUGGAGGACACACGGGCAGCAAAAACACACAGAGCUGUUCUCCAAGAGGCUGACAUCAUCAGGAGGCUGGAGCACCCUCACAUAGUGACAUGUAGCGAUGCCUUUGUGAACCCUGAUGACGGAUUUAUUUACAUUGUGAUGAACUAUUGUGAUGGUGGGACGUUGGAUGACAAAGUGAAACAGAGGGAACCAGGGGAGUUUUUCACAGAGGAUACUGUGAUGGGAUGGUUUGUGCAGGUGACUGUGGCUGUGAAUUAUAUACACACGGCUAAAAUACUACACAGGGACAUCAAAACUUCAAAUGUACUGCUAACAAAGCAAGGUGUGGUAAAGUUAGGGGACUUUGGGAUAUCCAAAGUAAUGACUAACACAGCUGAUAUGGCCUCCACAUGUGUUGGGACACCCAGCUACCUCAGUCCUGAGCUUUGCCAGGAUGUCCCAUACAGCUCCAAGUCUGACAUCUGGGCUCUUGGCUGUCUGCUUUAUGAGAUCUGUGCUCUCAGACCUCCGUUUGCCGCCACAAACCUCCUGAGUCUGUUGUACAAGAUCACCAAAGGGGAGUACGAUCCCGUGCCUAACACAUACUCGGACAACAUCUCGUCUUCGAUAAAGAGGAUGCUCUGCCUCAACCCAGAAGACAGGCCAAGUGCUGCCUGUAUACUGAGCAGUGCCUAUAUGCAGGAUCACCUCGAGAAUGUCACACACACACAGAGUGACUGUGGUCCUGUGACUGAAUCUAAAGGGGAGAGCUGUGACAUUAAUAUAGAAGCAAACAAUACAGACAUUGACACCACACUGGAGCCACAUGAUCUCAGUCAAUCCAACUUAAGGGAAGAGAAACACUCUGUGGAGGGCAGUCUCAGUGAUGAGGAGGAGGAUGAUUGUGAUGCUCUGUGUGUUGGAGGACAAAUCCACUGUGACUGUCACUAUCCUGAGGACUUUGAUGAGGAUGAAAGUUUGUCCCCUCUAGAGGAACACAGUGAACACUCUGGGUCUCCGAUGAGGAGUGAUUCUGCGGCGCACACUGUAUUUCCAGAAGUUCUUGACAUUUCAGAACAAGUUGACUAUCCAGAUGACUUUGAGGAAGAUGAGGAGAGGGAAGACGAUGAGGAUAAAGCAGACUUAGUCCACUCUCCUGCUCUUCAGCAGCCACAUGAUGAUGAGGGCCUGGAGGAGGAGUUUCAGCUCUGUGAUGCUGGAGGAUUGACCAUUACGCUGAAAGCAUUGAAGGAAAAGGGCUAAAAAUACUUUUACAGCCUCAAAAACUGUACAUCGCAUGUGACCUCUGGAGUUGGAACUGUAAAAUACCUGUCAAGUGCCUGUUUGUUAAGUGUUCAUGUGCAUUUGAUGUUACAAAGGACUAUGUUUGAGCCUACUGCCUCAGUUGGAGAAAAAACUGGAAGCAGACCAUUUGGGAGCUUCCUGUCUUACUGUUCAUUUACUACACACCAUGAGACAUUGUAAAAUUAUUAUAAUAAAAAUAGCACCCGUAAAGAUUGGAUAUCACAUCAUGACUUUCAAAAAUGAUAUAAAAGCUCCACUAGAGGGUUCAGCUGUUAAAUUGGAUUCACAGCUUUCUUCAUAUCGGUUAUAUAUGCUUUAUACCGUAUGUAUUCUCUCAGUUUCCUGAGUUUCAGGCUGAGCUGUCACUCAACAUUGCUGCUAUACAUUUACAGUUUUAUCUCUGGCUCAGAAUGAGAUAAAGGCUCAAUAUGCACGCAGUUAUGUCUUCAAAGGAAGUAUGUGGUAUAUCCAGCCGUCCACAAAGAUAUUAGAUAACACACCAUAAAUUAAAAUAUAAUAAAAUAAAAAUGAAGAUAAAAACCUAUAAUAAGAAGCAUGUUGAGAAACUGAAAUAAUAAUGGAAAUCAGACUUUAAACUAUAAGUAAUUUACCUGCAGUAAAACAGGUGUGUCUAAAAGCAACAAAAUAAAAUAAAUCUGACACUUUUGUUUGUUUUG